CUGUAAAGACUAUAAAAGUCGCAGGAUCCUGCUCAGCUUCUCACACUCCUAUUUGAUUCUUCCAGCUGCCUCACUGCUGGACGACCAGGACACCAAAAUGAGUACAAACAAGUUUCCUGAAGAACUGAAGAGCAUUUUUGAAAAAUACGCAGCCAAAGAAGGUGAUCCAAACCAGCUGUCGAAGGAGGAGCUGAAGCUAUUGAUUCAGACUGAAUUCCCCAGUUUACUGAAAGGUCCAAGCACCCUAGAUGACCUCUUUCAAGAACUGGACAGGAAUGGAGAUGGAGAAGUUAGUUUCGAAGAAUUCCAGGUGUUAGUAAAAAAGAUAUCCCAGUGAAGGAAGAAACAAAAUAGAUCAUUCUAAGAACUGGAAGAAGAGUGCCUGGGAUGUGGCCCUAUUCUGUACGAAACCACCAUUGUCUCCACUUAAUUCUUUGCAAUUGUAAUGAUCAAGCAGUGAGGUCUAAUUACUGAAUAAAGAAAUCCUUAGACAUGU